AUGGUGCUUGAAGAAGGUGGAGGCCCGAGACAAGUAGAGGCAAACACGCAGGGUGUAGCCAUGACAACCCUGCAAGCAGCAACUGCCAGGCAGUGUCACACUGAAAAGCAGUGGAGAGUAAAAUACUUACCACAUAUUUACCAUGCCAAGAGGGAUGGGCAGGGUAGGGGUAAAAUCAGUGAAAACUGCCCAGCAGCGAGAAACAAACACGUAAUAUGACAUCUAAAUCUGAGCUGUAAACACGUGAGCCCCUGCCGUGGGCCAGCAUUGUUUCGCGUUUAACUUAGCCUAAAUUACAUUUAGCCACAUUUAAAAGAUUUAUAAUUCCUCAUUCCUUUACACAGCAGUCACCUCAGAACUACUGCAACACAACAGCAAUCUACUGCACCAAAUAUUGUGCCUUGUGUGGGUUGAAUUCAUUUUUUGUUAUGUGUGUUGCCAGGAUCAAAUAUUCUAACACAGUCAUCAACUGGAGCACACUUUUUGAAACCUACAUAAGAGGGACACUUUACCCAGGCCACUGUUGGUUGCUUCCCUCCCUUGCUGUUUUCAGUCAUUUUCUGCAACUAAGCUCCCUACAAGUCCCGAAAGUUGGUCCUGAUUCGGCCACUAUGUUUAUGCUAGAGAGAGUUAAUUGAAUUUCAAUUUCUGUUAAGUUUUAAACUAAGCACCCUCUUACCGUAGAACAUUUUGUUGAUUCUUUUCAUGUUGAUGUAGUCUACGGAUAUUGGAUGUAAAGAAAAUCUUUUUCUAAACAAAAUGACUGGAAUCCGUGUUAUUGUUGUUGCAAAACUUCAAUAUAAAUCAGUCCUUAAACAGAUGAUUGGACAAAAUGGUAGAACAAUUGAAAGUGGCUGUAAUGACUGAAAAAGACAACAAAAACCCUUUUUUAAUAGGUGGAACAUUCUUAGUGAUAUGACAUUGUAUGGUGAGAUAAGGCACUUCUGGCAAAAGAUCAGAAAACCCAGCUACACUCUUAUUGGCCCCCCACAAAUUGUAAAUUUAAGGUUUUUUGUCUCCCCUCCCCAAGAGAAAUUUGAUUUCAAAUUUCCCUUUUUGCGUCUAUAUUAAGUACAAUGGAGCCCGUGAAUACUUUUUCAUACUAUUGACACCUGUCUAUAAUAAUUACAUUAUUGUAACUGAUUCCAGAAUAUUGCUGGCCAACUCAAAAUCUCCUUAAAAAGGCCAAACCAUAUAUAUAGCAGUUGCAGUACUGUAUUAAUUGUUCGUCUCAUUUAAUUUAUCAGAAAGCAACAGGGAUCCUCAGCAUAUUUGAUAGAGAUAGGUGGUUCAUCUUACACAGGGAUGUUUGGUUACUUAAUUGACUGCAUUUCAAGAGAUGAUAGAACAGGUACGAGCUAUUUGUAUGGAAUGGAUUAUAUGAGACAUGCAUUUCGUGUGUGAAAAGAAAAUUCCGGUCAAUAAAUUUUUUAACCUGGGUAGCUUUAUUUCCUUUGUCUCUUAACCUUGCAUGUAAUUAUUCAUGAACUGGGCUUAAUAGGAGGCAAAGAAAACUGAGUAAAGUAGGUUUUAAAAAAACUGCAUUUAAUUUUGCCUACAAUACAUGACAUGUAUAAACUAUUCAAAAAAUGAUUUCUGAUAAGGUCCAUUAAGUGAAUUUUCAUCUCAAUAUUGUUUUCAAUUCCUCCCUUUAUUUUUCAAGCAAACAAAACCCAAAGGUAAAAAAACGUACAUGUACAUUGUAGCACGUACUGAUCAGAAUUCUCUUGACAAAAUUUUUUUCCAGGAAACAUCUUAGAUGUGAAACAUGGUUGCCACAGGCAGAAAAUGGUCAGGGAAAAAAAUUCUUCAAAGUCAGGAAAAAGUCAAGUCAGGGAGAAUUUAAGUCAUUGAAAGAAGUCAAGAAAAAGUGAAAUUUUAAGACUCUGUGAGGGGAUCGAGCAUUGAGUUUAUUAUCAGGACUAAUUUGUGCAAUUGGUAAUUCAGUUGGUCAGAGAAAUUUUACAUUUGUCAGGAAAUAGUCAGGGAAAAGUCAGGACCAGUCAGGGAAUUUCAGCAACCUCUGGCUGUGGUAACCAUGUCAAAGUUCCCCUGGUCAACCUUGUUGCCUUGUAUCGCAUUCGGUUAUGAAAUUUAGUAGUGACUUGAGAGGAAUUUAAGAGCAAAUUUUAAGGAUUAAUCACAAUGCAAAUGGAGCUUUGAAGUGAAAAAUAAAAUCACCAUCUCAUAGCAGAAGGAUUUACUGUACACCAGUGUAUUAAGCAAACAUGCUACUUCUCAUCUUUUCUGUAAAAGGUACUUGUAUUUAACAGACACCCAAAUUAUUAAGGUGCUGGUGAGGCCAGUAACAUAGGGAUCUACUUAGUAAGUGCACACUGCUCUUUUAAGGGAGUAUAAAAUUAAUUAAGGGAUGAUCAAUCCAGGUCCAUAUGUAUAUUUUAGAUUAUUUUGUUAAGUAGUCGUAAUAUAUUACAUCUUAGUAGUUUUAACUUUGGAUGUUUUUCAUAUUUUUUCAGAAUGUGUUGGAAGAUUGUGAUGUUAUCGUAGUAAUUACUGUCGGCAGUGGAGGAACGGCAUCAGACAUUGCUAUUGGCAAUAAUUACUUGACUGGCUCAAAACUCAGGUAA